CUUUCUUCCAGCCGCCCCUCAUCAUCAUCACCAUCAUCAUCAUCACCACCAGCGGGGCCGCCGGUUCUCCCGGAGCCCCGCGAUGCUCCGCCGCCGCCUGCCCCUGCUCGGGCCCGGGCUGCUGCUGCUGCAGACCGUGUGUGCCGGCGGCCACCUCCCCAAAGCCCUGGGCUACCUGGAGAUGGGCACCUCAGCCCUCCUCAAGGACGUCCCCUACGGCGCCCUGAACCCGCCGGCGCUCAAUCCCGGGCACCUGAUCCCGGCAGAGCCCCCCAGGGUGGGCACGGGGGUCCCGGCUGGCACCUCCCACAGCCCCUGGCACUGGCAGAAGAACCAAACAUCCCUGGAAGCCCCGAACCCCCGCGCCCACCGCAAGCCCAGCCUCAAAUCCAGCCGCGCCAAGAAGAUUUUCGGCUGGGGCGAUUUCUACUUCAACAUCAAAACGCUCAAGUUCAGCCUCCUGGUGACGGGCAAGAUCGUCGACCACAUCAACGGCACCUUCAGCGUUUACUUCAGACACAACUCCUCCAGCCUGGGCAACGUCUCCGUCAGCAUCGUGCCGCCCUCCAAGGCCGUGGGCUUUGAGGUGGUGGUGCCAGCCCUGCCAGGGCCGGCUCUGCGUGCCCAGCAGAGCACCCUGCCCGAGGGGCGCCCGGCCAAGGCGCUCAACUGCCACGUGGAGUACGAGAAAACCAACAGGGCCAGGAAGAACAAGCCGUGCCUCUACGAUCCCUCCAAGGUUUGCUUCACCGAGCACACGCAGAGCCACGCGGCCUGGCUCUGCUCCAAGCCCUUCAAGGUCAUCUGCAUCUUCAUCUCCUUCCUCAGCAUCGACUACAAGCUGGUGCAGAAGGUCUGUCCCGACUACAACUUCCAGCAGGAAAACCCCUAUUUUGGCUGAUGGCAGCGGGACAGACGGGGUUUGGGGUUCCCUGUCACCCCCACAGGAGCCUCCUCUCCUCCUCUUCAUCACUGUGACCUUCAGGGUCCUCUUCAUCUCCAUCUCCUUCCUCAGCAUUGACUACAAGCUGGUGCAGAAGGUCUGUCCCGACUACAACUUCCAGCAGGAAAAUCCUUAUUUUGGUUGAUGGCAGUGGGACAGGGGCAUUUGGGGGUCCUUGUUACCCCCAUGAGAGCCUCCUCUUCAUCACUGUGACCUUCAAGGUCAUCUGCAUCUUCAUCUCCUUCCUCAGCAUCCAUGGUGCAGAAGGUCUGUCCCGACUACAACUUCCAGAAGGAAAAUCCUUAUUUUGGUUGAUGGCAGUGGGGCAGUGAAUGUGGUGGCACUUGGGGGUCUCCUCUUCAUCACUGUGACCUUCAAGGUCAUCUGCAUCUUCAUCUCCUUCCUCAGCAUCAAUUACAAGCUGGUGCAGAAGGUCUGUCCUAAAACUUCCAGCAGGAAAAUCCUUAUUUCGGCUGAUGGCAGUGGGGCAAUGGAUUUGGUGGUACUUGGGGUCCCUGUCAGCCUCCUCUUCAUCACUCUGACCUUCAAGGUCACAGGAGCCUCCUCUUCAUCACUGACCUUCAAGGCCAUCUGCAUCUUCAUCUCCUUCCUCACCAUCAAUUAAUCGAUUACAAGCUGGUGCAGAAGGUCUGUCCUACAACUUCCAGCAGGAAAAUCCUUAUUUUGGCUGAUGGCAGUGGGGCAGGGUUUUGGUGGCACCCACAGGAGCCUUUUCUCCUCCUCUUCAUCACUGUGACCUUCAGGGUCCUCUGCAUCUUCAUCUCCUUCCUCAGCAUCGAUUACAAGCUGGUGCAGAAGGUCUGUCCCGACUACAACUUCCAGCAGGAAAAUCCCCAUUUUCAGCAAGAAAAUCCCAAUUUUGGCUGAGGACAGCGGGGGGUUGGUGGCACUUUGGUGGCACUUGGCACCUUGUCACCCCCACUGCAGCCUCCUCUUCAUCACUCCAAGCCCUUCAAGGGCAUCUGCAUCUUCAUCUCCUUCCUCAGCACUGACUACAAGCUGGUGCAGAAGGUUACAACUUCCAGCAAGAAAAUCCCAAUUUUGGCUGAUGGCAGUGGGGCAGGGGGGGUUUGGUGGCAUUUGGGGGUCCCUGUCACCCCCUCUGCAGCCUCCUCUUCAUCACUCCGUGCUGGGUUGUGGGUGCUGGGGGUCCUGGACCCCACCCAAAGCUGUUCCAUCAUUGGGGUUCAGUUGGGGCCAGGGUUUCACCCCGAAAUGACAUCCCAGCCCUGCAGCACAAUGGGGUACAGGCAGUUCUGGGGGUCCCACCCAUCCACUGGGACCCCAUCAUUGGGGUACACCAUCCACUGAGACCCCAUCCCUGCAGCCCCCCAUUCUGGGGUACAGCCAGUUCUGGGGGUCUGACCCACCCAGCCAGUUCUGGGGGUCCCCUCCACUCACUGAGACCCCAUUACUGGGGUACAGGCAGUUCUGGGGGUCCUCUCCAUCCCCCGAGACCCCAUCAUUGGGGUACACCUGUUUAGGGGUCCCCUCUAUGCCCAGAGAUCCCAUAAUUGGGAUACAAUGUUGAUGUUUUUGGGGAUCCCCCAUUGAGACCCCAUCACUGCAGCCCCACAUACCUGGGGUACCCCUGUUCUGGGGGUCCUCUCCAUCCCUUGAGACCCCAUAAUUGGGGUACAGGCACUUCUGGGGGUCCCCUCCACUUCCUGAGACCCAUCACUGCAGCCCCCCAUUCUGGGGUACACCUUUUUUUGGGGGGGUCCCUUCCACCCCCUUAAACCCCUUAAUUGGGGUACGCCUGUCCUGGGGGUCCCACCCACUCACUGAGACCCCAUCAGUGCAGCCCCCCCAUUCUGGGGUACACCUCUUUUUGGGGGUCCCCUCCAUCCCCUGAGACCCAUAACUAGUGUACAGCCAGGUCUGGGGGUCCUCAUUGAGACCCCAGCACUGCACCCCCCCAUCAUUGGGGUACAUCUGAUUUUGGGGGUCCCCCCUUGAGACGCCUCCACCUCCUGAGACCCCAUCAUUGGGGUACAUCUGUUCUGGGGGUCACCCAUUGAGACCCCAGCACUGCAGCCCCUCAUUCUGGGGUACCCCCAUUUUUGGGGUCCCCCAUUGAGACCCAUCAUUGGGGUACACCUGUUUUUGGGGGUCCCAGCCCCUUCCCCCACCGACACCCCAUCACUGCAACACUGGGAAUCCCGGACCCCCAAAACCCCUUGAGACCCCUCCCUUCACCCCCCAAAACCCCUUGAGACCCCUCCCCAAACCCCUUGAGACCCCCCCAAAACCCCCCAAAACUCCACUCCUGCCCCCCCUCAUUGGGUACAACUGGUGCUGGGGGUCCCGACCCCCCCCCAAACCACUGAGACCCCUCCCCACCCAUCGAGACCCCCCCAAAAGCAGCUUCGGGGAACCCCCCAUGCUUGGGGGGCACUGGGGGGCGAUGCCACUUUUGGGGGGGCACAGGGGGGGAACAUGUGGGUGCUUUUUGGGGGGGGGGUCUCAGUCCUUGUGCCCCCUCCUCUCGGGGGCUUCUUCUGCAUCUUUUUGGGGGUUUUUUUUGUAAAGAAAAUGAAAAUGGAAAAAAAGCGGAAA